AUGGCUUCCUGGAUCUCUACUGAGAGCAAGAAGGGCUUACUCCCGCCUGAUCCCAGGAUCAAAGCCUAUCGACGACUCUUCAUAUCACAGGACUUUGAUCAUGUCUUUCUUACCAUUGCUGAGUUUGAUGAUCAGUAUGUACAGUAUGUCAGAGGUCCUGUCGAUGAGCCCAAGGGCGAUGAGCCAACGGGUGAUGGGCCAAAGGGCGAUCUUCCCCCGCUGCCAGAACUCACGACUCCCAAGAAACGCGGUGCCCAAGUCACCGGCAUCCACGGCACCGCCAUCUCCAACGGUGGCAACAGAGGAGUUAGCGACGAUCCCCACAGACGAUCCAGCAGCGAUCCUCACAGACAAGCCACCAACUACAGCAAUGGAGGACCCACCAACGGCUCCAAAGAAGAGUGCAUCUAG